AUUAGUAAAGAGAAAAAGGAAGAAAAACAAAAGGGGAAAAGCGAAAAGAAAGCUGGAAGAAAUCAAGGGGAAAUAACUAAAAAUACAGUCUUGGAGUCAUCUCCUCCGCCGUCGUCGUCGCGGACAAUCUGAGGAUUCUCAGUCGCAUUGCCAUGAAAUGAUAUUUGGAAUGUGGGUUUCUUCCCAGAUUCUCGUCUGGGGAGUUGAAACUCGACCGGAAUCUCACUGACCGGACGGAGCGCCAGCCACCCGCCUCUGGUUCUGACCUCCCGGAGGUUCGUCGUUACCCCCUUUUACAUUUUCAGGGUUCAGUCGAUUUUAUUAUUCGCUGUGUUCUUACUCGGCGAUCUCUGAUCUGUAACGCCGCCAUUUCCGCCCCUGCUGAGCUGCUGGUGUUACUGCCUACUGAAGUGAAGGAGGUGAAGUUUCUCUCUAGUUGCCGAGGCUUCCCUGCCAUCACCCUGUGACUUGGUUCUUGCACAAACUCAUUCAGCAUGGGGCGUCUGAAGAUGCCUCCUGGAAUUAAAGCAAUUGAGGAAGAACCCGAGGACUAUGAAUCCUGCUCUGAAAAAGCUACGUUAGCAUGCAUGAUCAAUUCGGAAGUUGCUGCUGUUUUAGCAGUCAUGAGAAGAAAUGUUAGGUGGGGUGGUCGUUACAUGUCAGGUGAUGAUCAGCUAGAGCACUCACUAAUUCAGUCUCUGAAGGCGCUGAGGAAGCAGAUCUUUUCAUGGCAGAACCAGUGGGAGACUGUUAACCCCACUUUGUAUCUCCAGCCAUUUUUGGAUGUCAUUCGAUCAGAUGAAACGGGUGCGCCAAUCACCGGUGUUGCCCUGUCCUCUGUUUACAGGAUUUUGACCCUUGACGUGAUCGAUCAGAACAAUGCCAAUGUUGAAGAAGCAAUGCACUCUGUGGUUGAUGCUGUAAAUAGCUGUCGAUUUGAGGUAACAGAUCCUGCAUCAGAGGAAGUGGUAUUGAUGAAAAUACUCCAGGUUCUUCUGGCUUGUAUGAAAAGUAAAGCAUCGGUUAUGUUGAGCAACCAGCAUGUUUGCAAUAUAGUGAACACUUGCUUCCGCAUCGUCCAUCAAGCAGGUAGCAAAGGAGAGUUGCUACAGAGGAUAGCUCGUCACACAAUGCAUGAAUUGGUAAGGUGCAUCUUUUCACACCUCCCAGAGGUUGACAACACAGAGCGUGCAUUGGUUAAUGGUGGAAAUAAGGUUAAGCAAGAGGUUACUGGACCAGACAAUGAAUAUGCAUUUAAUAGUAGACAAUUAGAGAAUGGCAACAGCGGUUCAGAAUAUGACGGUCAACUUUCCUCAGGAAGUUUUGCCUCUAAUGCAUCUGGGGUUCCAAUGGCAGGAAUGAUGGAUGAUAGUGCAAUUGGAGCCGGUAAGGAUGCAGUUCCACUUGAUCUGCAUCUUAUGAACGAACCCUAUGGAGUUCCCUGCAUGGUGGAGAUAUUUCACUUUUUCUGUACCUUAUUGAAUGCUCUUGAGCAUAUUGGAGUGGGUCCUCGAUCAAAUACCAUAGCAUUUGAUGAAGAUGUGCCUCUUUUUGCCUUGGGUUUGAUCAAUUCAGCAAUUGAAUUGGGUGGGCCAUCAAUACGCAGUCACCCCAGGUUAUUGGGUUUGAUACAGGACGAAUUGUUUCGAAACCUAAUGCAGUUUGGCUUGUCAGCGAGUCCUCUUAUUCUUUCGAUGGUCUGCAGCAUUGUUCUAAACCUGUAUCAGCAUCUACGAACUGAACUCAAACUGCAACUUGAGGCUUUUUUCUCCUGUGUGAUUUUAAGACUUGCACAGAGCAAAUACGGGGCUUCUUACCAGCAACAGGAGGUUGCAAUGGAGGCCCUUGUUGACUUUUGCAGGCAGAAAACAUUUAUGGUGGAAAUGUAUGCCAACCUGGACUGCGACAUAACUUGCAGCAAUGUCUUUGAGGAUCUUGCUAAUUUGUUAUCAAAAAGUGCUUUUCCGGUGAACUGUCCUCUGUCUUCAAUGCACAUUCUUGCUUUGGAUGGUUUAAUUGCUGUUAUUCAGGGAAUGGCUGAAAGGAUAGGCAAUGGAUCUGGAAGUUCAGAGCAAGCUCCCGUUAAACUUGAUGAGUACACCCCUUUUUGGAUGGUCAAGUGCGAUAAUUACGGUGACCCUAAUCAUUGGGUACCCUUUGUCCGUCGGAGGAAGUAUAUUAAAAGGAGGUUGAUGAUUGGAGCUGAUCACUUCAAUCGCGAUCCCAAGAAAGGGCUGGAAUUUCUUCAAGGAACACACCUUUUGCCCGACAAACUUGACCCUCAAAGUGUUGCCUGCUUUUUUAGGUAUACAGCAGGGUUGGACAAGAAUCUUGUGGGGGAUUUCCUGGGAAAUCAUGAUGAAUUUUGUGUUCAGGUUCUUCAUGAAUUUGCUGGGACCUUUGAUUUUCAAGACAUGAAUCUGGAUACUGCACUUCGCCUAUUUCUGGAAACUUUUCGGCUGCCUGGGGAGUCGCAGAAAAUACAAAGAGUGCUAGAGGCUUUCUCAGAGAGAUACUACGAGCAGUCACCGCAGAUAUUGGCCAACAAAGACGCUGCUUUGCUGUUAUCCUACUCACUUAUAAUGCUGAACACAGAUCAGCACAAUGUUCAGGUAAAAAAGAAGAUGACCGAAGAGGAUUUCAUCCGAAACAAUAGACAUAUCAAUGGAGGCAAUGACUUGCCUCGUGAGUUCCUCUCAGAGCUAUACCACUCCAUCUGUAAGAAUGAAAUCCGCACGACCCCAGAGCAAGGUGCUGGUUUUCCUGAGAUGACACCCAGCCGAUGGAUUGAUCUGAUGCACAAAUCGAAGAAAACUGCUCCAUUCAUCGUAUCUGAUUCGAGGGCCUACCUCGACCACGACAUGUUUGCUAUAAUGUCUGGUCCUACCAUUGCUGCGAUCUCUGUGGUCUUCGAUCACGCAGAACAUGAAGAUGUUUAUCAGACAUGUAUCGACGGGUUCUUAGCUGUUGCAAAGAUCUCGGCGUGCCAUCACCUUGAAGAUGUGCUCGAUGAUCUGGUCGUUUCUCUCUGCAAGUUCACUACUCUCUUGAACCCAUCAUCUGUUGAGGAACCAGUACUAGCAUUUGGCGAUGACUCAAAGGCAAGAAUGGCUACUGUAACGGUUUUCACCAUUGCAAAUAGAUAUGGUGAUUACAUACGGACGGGUUGGAGGAACAUUCUGGAUUGCAUAUUGAGAUUGCACAAGCUCGGUCUUCUUCCAGCUCGUGUGGCAAGUGAUGCAGCUGAUGAAUCUGAGCUUUCACCUGCUGACCCAGGCCAUGGGAAGCCCAUUGCAAAUCCUUCAUCUGCUGCUCAUAUGCCCUCCAUGGGAACACCUAGGAGGUCCUCGGGGUUGAUGGGCCGGUUCAGUCAGCUCUUAUCUCUUGACACAGAGGAGCCGAGAUCACAGCCCACUGAACAGCAGCUUGCUGCUCACCAGCGGACCCUACAGACGAUCCAAAAGUGCCACAUUGACAGCAUCUUCACGGAGAGUAAGUUCCUGCAGGCCGAGUCUCUGUUACAGCUGGCACGAGCACUUAUUUGGGCUGGAGGGAGACCCCAGAAAGGAAGCAGCUCACCUGAGGACGAAGACACUGCAGUCUUCUGCCUUGAGUUGUUAAUUGCAAUCACCCUUAACAAUAGGGACAGAAUCGUGCUCCUUUGGCAGGGAGUUUAUGAGCACAUUGCUAAUAUCGUUCAGUCCACGGUCAUGCCCUGUGCAUUGGUAGAGAAGGCAGUGUUUGGACUCCUAAGAAUCUGUCAAAGGCUGCUUCCAUAUAAGGAGAACCUUGCCGAUGAACUCUUGAGAUCUAUGCAGCUGGUCUUGAAGCUUGAUGCUCGUGUGGCUGAUGCCUACUGCGAGCAGAUCACUCAGGAAGUGAGCCGCCUUGUGAAGGCCAAUGCAGCCCAUAUCAGGUCACAGAUGGGGUGGAGAACAAUCACUUCCCUUCUUUCUAUCACUGCUCGCCACCCUGAAGCUUCAGAAGCAGGGUUUGAUGCACUACUAUUCAUCAUGUCUGAUGGGGCCCACUUGCUGCCUGCAAACUAUGUCCUGUGUGCGGAAGCAUCAAGGCAGUUUGCUGAGUCUCGUGUAGGCCAGGCGGAACGAUCAGUGCAGUCCCUUGAUCUCAUGGCAGGUUCAGUUGACUGCUUGGCUCGCUGGGCCCGCGAAGCCAAGGAAGCAAUGGCAGAGGAAGAUGUGGCAAAGAUGUCUCUGGAUAUUGGGGAAAUGUGGCUAAAGCUCGUGCAGGGACUGAGAAAAGUCUGCUUGGACCAGAGAGAAGAAGUUCGAAAUCAUGCUCUCUUAUCAUUGCAGAGGUGCUUGACAGGAGUAGAUGAGAUCCAGCAGUCCCACAGUCUAUGUUUGCAGUGCUUCGAUCCGGUCAUCUUCACAAUGCUCGAUGACUUGCUCGAGAUCUCCCAGGGGCAGUCGCAGAAGGACUACAGAAACAUGGAGAGCACACUCAUCCUUGCAAUGAAGCUUCUCUCUAAAGUGUUCCUGCAACUGCUUCAUGAACUCUCGCAGCUCACGAACUUCUGCAAGCUCUGGUUGGGGGUUCUGAGCCGAAUGGAGAAGUACACGAAGGUGAAGGUUCGAGGGAAGAAGAGUGAGAAACUUCAGGAGCUCGUGCCAGAGCUACUAAAGAACACCCUGCUUGUGAUGAAGACGAAGGGAGUCCUCAUGCAGAGAAGUGCCCUCGGGGGAGACAGUCUCUGGGAGCUGACGUGGCUCCACGUGAACAACAUCGCCCCAUCUCUGCAGUCCGAGGUGUUCCCUGAUCAGGAGCAAGAGCAGUUGAAGCAGGCAGAUGAGAAGACCGGCACUUCCAUUCCGAGCGAAGCAGUAGUUGCUAAAGUUGCAGGCACAGCGGGUUAGAAGGUACUUUCGCGAUCUGUCUCGUUGGUUGGAAGGUGGAGGUGCUAUAUUGGGAGCAGGUCCUUAAAAAGAAACCUGAGAUUAUUCGUUCUGAUUCUUGGAUAUCUGCCUAGCAGUCAUUUUUGAAGAGAAGCCUGUUCGGUUCGGUUUUUCUCACUGAUUUUCUCCAUAAACUUUUGCCAUACAGUAGCUCCACAUGAAGUAGUGCCGUUAGUUUUGUGAGUAACAUAGUUCUGCGAAGGGGUGGUUCAAUCGCCCAUCUAUUUCUAUUGUAUCGAGAAUCUAGUGGGAAGGAAAGGGCUUUCAUUUUCAGUCCUGAAAUAUGUGUAAAGCUUAUGUCUCUCUAUAACCCUUUUAUUGACUCUGCUGGAACGGGGAUCCAUUCUACAAUGUCGAAUCGAUUCUUGAAACCGAGCAGGGGCUAUGAUAUCUUCAGCGUGAUUGAGAAUUUUUUAGUUCAA